UCUCUUUCCUUGAUUGUAUAUAAAAAGCCACAAUACCCUUUACCCCUUUUGUGCCAUACCUCCUCACUUUCUUUCUUUUGGUACCAUUUUGAGUUCACCACUCAUAACCAAAUGAGUACUCUCCCUCAAACACAAGGGCAAACAAUUCAAGAUGCUUGGGACUGUAAGGGCAGUCCUGCAGAGAGGUCCAAAACUGGUGGUUGGACAUCAUCAGCAAUGAUUUUAGGAGUAGAAGCAUGUGAGAGGUUAACAACAAUGGGCAUAGCUGUAAAUUUGGUGACAUAUUUGACUGGUACUAUGCAUUUAGGCAAUGCUUCCUCUGCCAACAUAGUCACAAACUUCAUGGGAACCUGUUUUAUGCUCUGUUUGCUAGGUGGUUUUGUAGCCGACACUUUUAUUGGAAGAUACCUCACCAUAGCUAUCUUCGCAACUGUGGAAGCAAUUGGGGUUACAAUGUUGACAAUAUCAACAAUAAUUCCGAGCCUACAUCCACCAAAAUGCACACAAAACAGUGUAAAACAUUGUGAAGCAGCAAACAACAUUCAAUUAACGGUUCUAUACAUAGCACUAUACGUGACAGCACUUGGAAUAGGUGGUUUAAAAUCAAGUGUCUCUGGCUUCGGUUCAGACCAAUUCGACGAUUCAAACGAAGGAGAGAGAAAACAAAUGGUUAAAUUCUUCAACUGGUUCUUCUUUUUUAUAAGCAUAGGUUCAUUAACAGCAGUUACAAUUCUUGUUUACAUUCAAGAUCAUGUUGGAAGAGAUUGGGGUUAUGGAAUAUGUGUUUGUGCAAUAGUUGUGGCACUUUUUGUGUUCUUAUGGGGAACACAAAGGUAUAGGUUUAAGAAACUUGUGGGGAGUCCUUUGACUCAAAUUGCGGUGGUUUUUGUGGCGGCUUGGAGGAAGAGGAAGUUGGAAUUGCCGUUUGAUUCUUCCUUGUUGUUUAACGUUGAUGAUCAAAUUCUGAACAAGAACAAACAGAUGUUGCCACAUACCAAACAGUUUAGAUUCUUGGACAAGGCUGCAAUCAAGGGUCCAAAAAGAGAUAAUGGUGAUGAAAUGAACAACGUAGAGAGAAAAUGGUAUCUAUCAACAUUAACAGAUGUUGAAGAAGUAAAAUUGGUGAUAAGAAUGUUACCAAUAUGGGCCACAACCAUAAUGUUUUGGACAGUAUAUGCUCAAAUGACAACAUUUUCAGUAUCACAAGCAAAGACAUUAAACCGUCACAUAGGAAAAUCAUUUAAAAUCCCACCAGCAUCUUUAACCGCUUUCUUCAUUGGUAGCAUCCUCUUAACAAUUCCAAUUUAUGACCGUAUCAUUGUUCCCAUAACAAGAAAAAUCUUCAACAACCCACAAGGAUUAACCCCUUUACAACGCAUUGGUGUUGGUUUAGUCUUCUCAAUUUUUGCUAUGGUGGCAGCAGCACUCACUGAAUUAAAGCGUAUGAGAGUCACACAUUUACAUAAUUUGACACACAAUCCUAAUUCGGAGAUUCCUAUGAGUGUCUUUUGGCUGGUCCCACAAUUCUUCUUUGUGGGAUCUGGUGAGGCAUUUACUUAUAUAGGACAAUUGGACUUUUUCUUAAGGGAAUGUCCAAAAGGGAUGAAAACUAUGAGCACUGGGUUGUUCUUAAGCACAUUGUCUUUGGGAUUUUUCUUUAGCUCUUUAUUGGUGACUGUAGUGCAUAGAGUGACAGGUCAUCAUAAACCUUGGUUAGCAGACAACCUUAAUCAGGGGAAACUUUAUGACUUCUAUUGGCUUUUGGCUUUGUUGAGUGGAUUCAAUUUGGUCAUUUACUUGUUUUGUGCUAAGUGGUAUGUGUAUAAGGAUAAAAGACUUGCUGAUGAAGGCAUAGAAUUAGAGGAUUCAGAUACAACUUAUCAUGCUUAGGUUUUUCUUUUCCUUUGUAACAACUUAUAAUAUACACCUUUAAGUUUUAAUAUAAAUGUUACACUUUUUACUAACAA